AUGACUAUUAUAAUACGUUGCGUGAAUAUUACAAAAAGUCCUGUGGAAGUUGGAGAAUAUUUUCUUGGGUAUGUACCAGUAACUGGCUCUACAGCAUCAUCUUUGAGGUGGGAUGUUUUAAAAAAGUAUAUACCUUCUUUAACAGUGAAACCCUUGAGUACGAGAAAGUGGGAAAGUCGAAUUGAUGCGAUUCGUCCAAUAAGACACCAAAUAGGUGAGAUAUAUGUUGCCUUACUGGAUAUUUCAAGCAAUGAAUCUUUUGAUGCAAUGGUCAGACAUGAAGCUGAGUGCUUGGCGUCAGCUAUUUCUGAUUUUAAAUUUCUGUGCUGUCUAAUAACAUGGCAUAAUAUUUUGAAUCACAUAAAUGUUGCGAGCAAAUUGCUUCAAAGCGUUGUUACCAAUUUAUCAAGUGCUAUCAAUGAACUAAAAGGAGUUUUAAAGUACUUGGAAUCUUAUAGAAGUGACGACGGGUUUGCAAGUACUAUAACUAAUGCUAAAAAACUUGCAGAAAUACUAGGCGUUGAUUCGUAUUUCAAAAGUGCUCAAAACGUUCGACCACGGCGGCAGAAAAGACAAUUUGAUUAUGAGUCAGAAGAUCAAGCAGUACAGGAUCCUAAAACAAGACUCAAAGAUAUUGCCGCUCAACAACUCUCAGACGAACUACAAGUUUUAUCACAUUCAAUUGAUGAAACAGUAUCACUGACACCGUUGAAUGUGUUACAACACGUGGUUGAAAUUGGGAUCGACUGCUAUCCCAACGUUGCGAUUGCCCUCAGAAUACUACUUACUCUUCCGAUCACCGUGGCUAGUAGCGAACGCAGUUUUUCAAAAUUAAAAUUAAUUAAAACCUACUUAAGAUGUACGAGCAGCAAAAUGCGUUUAGUGGACUUAGCAAUUAUUUCGAUUGAGCACAAACUUGGUGAAAAUUUGGACUACAAAGAACUCGUACCUGAGUUUGCUGCAAUCAAAGCUCGGAAAGUGUAA